CCAAUCCAUAAGCAUUAUAUUAUAGCUGAGAGAGACAGACAGUACAUAAAUGGCGAAGAUCUCUGGAAACUCUGUAGACAGUCUUCAAGCUCUGGGGUGUACUACGUGAUCUUUCUUACCAACACAAACCCAUCUUCUAUCUCUCUUCUCCAACUAUACAUACAUACAUACAUACAUACAUACUCUGUGUUUAAAUCGUCUCUAUCUGUCCUUGGAUCGCUUUAUAUUUCUAUUUUCUUUGUUUCCUCACAGUAGAAACUGCCUUUUGGGACAGUUCGAAAACAUAAGAAGAGCUCGGGACCGUUCAUUCACUCUGAAAAACCAACCCAACGACAACUGCUUUGCUUUUCUUCUUCAACUACUCGAAGCUUCUCAAUUUGAGGCAGACCCACUUUUGCAGAGAUCGCUUUUGCCAGAGCAAUUUGUGGAUUAUUUGUUGGUUUUCUGCGUUGAAUCGAUUGUUGCUUGAUUUGUGGGUUUUUUUUGGUGCAUGAGAAGAAGGGCUUGCAUUAAUUCUUGGAUUUGAUCAGCAAAAUGCUCAGAAAGAAAAGUGAUUCCCAGGUUCACAAAGCGCUUCAGAGACUCUGCCGCAAUUACGGAUGGUCUUAUGGUGUUUUUUGGCGCUUUGAUCCCACAAAUUCCUUAUUGUUGACUAUGGAAGAUGCUUACUAUGAAGAGCAUGUUGGGGUCAUUAUCGACGACAUGCUUCUGCAAGUCCACGUCCUCGGCAAUGGAAUUGUUGGCCAAUCAGCUUUUACUAAUACGCACCGAUGGAUGUUCUCUGAUGCUGUAGUUUCUAUUGAUAAUCAUGAUAUGAUCCAGGAUAAUUCCGAGAUUCAUCACCAAUUUUCCUGUGGAAUAGAGACAGUUGUUCUAAUCUCUGUGGAACCACGAGGGGUGGUACAGUUUGGAUCUACCCAGAAGAUUCCUGAGAGAAUGGAAUUUGUGGAUCAGACGAAAAGAUUGUUUCGAGAGAUAGAAAAUGGUGAUAUGGUUUUUUUACCAGACAACAUCCGUUCAUCUUCAAACAGUGAAAUUUAUGGUAUGAGCGGAGGGUUGUUUGCUUCCUUAAUAUCAUCUGGAAAUUCCAAUCCCAGGAAUUUGAAACCUAUUGAUGAUGCCAAUUCUAAAAAUUAUGUGGGAACAACUAGUUCUUCAGCAGAUCUUCCAUGGUUAUCCCCUUUCACUUCUGACCAUGGAAGGACACACUCAUCUCAUCUUCAAAAUCAGUUGCAAAUGGUUACCACAGAAGCUCCACUAGUACAAUCUACCACUUAUUGCUCUGCUGCCCCAACACCUUGCAUUAGUACAUGGAGUAGUGGACAGUCAACUCUGACUUCAUUUGAGCAGCAACUGCUAUCUGAAACAAGGCUGCCGAGUUCUCAAAAUGUGUCUCCAUUUAAUAAUCUGGCUAAUUCUGUGCAAAGUUCUGUCACAAAUAAAUUCAAUUCUGGUGGAAACAAGAAACUUUUUAAUGAUUUUAGUGUCGAAAAUGACCUGUUUGAUGGUUUUGGAGUAGAUUUCGAGUGUGGACAGGCAGAGGAUUUUUUAAAUGAGAUUCUGAUGCCAGUAGUGAGUGCUGGUCACCUGGAUUUUAUAACAGAUACAUCAGAACGCGUCUCAGAGCAGUGUGUUGGUUCCAUGGUUGGUCCCCAAGAAAGGUUAUUCUCCAAAUUAGGACUUGAACAGUUUUCGAGUUCUAAUUCCAUGGCCAGCUCUAGUUUUGGGGAUGAAUUAUCCUCAACAAGUAAAAGAAAAAUGGGAAGCUGCUCAGUUAGCGAUAAUCAAGUGCAUUUGACAAGCCUUCCCUGCUUUAGUGGGAACAUGAACUCUUUGUGUCCUGUAUAUAAUCUUGAACCAAAGAAAGCGGUCAACCCAAAAUCACUAGUGGGUUCACGGAUUGGCGACAGUUAUAGCAUCACUGGUGGAAGUAGCCUUGUUGUAUCAAAACCUAAAAAGUCCAAGGAAUCUGCAAAGGUUGGAAGAAAAAGGGCUAGACCAGGGUCUCGACCAAAGCCCAAGGACCGCAUACAGAUUGAAGAACGCAUAGCGGAGUUGAGAAAACUCAUUCCUAAUGGUGUGAAGAUGAGCAUUGAUUCUUUGUUGGCUCAAACCAUCAAACACAUGCUUUUCUUGCAAAGUGUGACAAAACAUGCAGAAAAACUACAACAGGCUGAUGAGCGAAAGGAAACUGAAUUGGCUCAGACAAUGGUGGAUCCGGUGGAUGUUAAGGACCUUAGUCCCUCGGGCCAAAAGCUAAUACAGAUGCUUUGUGAAGAAAAUGGAUUUUUUCUUGAGAUAAUUGAUAUAAUUCAAGGUUUUGGCUUGACUAUAUUGAAGGGAGUGAUGGAAAUUCGUGAGAAUAAGAUAUGGGCAUGUUUCAUUGUUGAGGCUGAGGCAAACAGGCACGUAAUGAAACAAGAAAUAUACAUGUCACUCCAUAAGCUUCUAUAUCAGAAAGCCACAAGUGUGAUCAAUGUUCUAAAUGGAGGGACUACCCUAUUCAACAAUUACCAUCAACAUCUGUUGCCAUUUGCGACUUCUCAUCGGCUUGGCUGAGACACUUUUAUGAUCGAGCUUAUUAAUAAGACACGACAAAAGAUCAAUUUUAAAGACAAGACAAGAAGACCUUGGAAACGUGAAAUGAGUAUUAUGUCCGGGAUUUGGGGAGAACCUCUGAAAGAACUGCGAGUCAUUUUUGAAUACUUGUGCAAACUGUUCCCAGUUUAAAGCAAAAAAAAAAAAAAUGUAAUGCGAGUGUGUCAACUGCAAUAGGCUAAAACCAUUCAAUUGCAGUGGCCCAUGUUUUUCUUUAGCUUCUGCUUUAACUUGUUCAUAGUAGCUUUUAUUUUUGGUAAUUUGUUCAUAGAUUAGAUUGAAGCUGAUAAACCAGUAAAAGGCUAACUGCUAACCUCUGUUCUCUGGGCUUUCCUGUCCUCAUUUCACUAAUGCAAUGAUCAUACUUGUGCCCUC